AUGAUGCAAUUCACAUUUGGGGGUGCGCCUGGCUCCGGAGCUGCACCAUUUAAUGUACUCGUGCCCGCGAAUGAACUCGCGAAGAUCGGCUCUCUGUUCCGCCUCUCGAUUCUUGCCAUCAUGUCUCCAACCGCGGGAAAGUACAUACUGGGCGCGAACCGCGGGCCAUUGUUGACCGAUGAAAGUCCUCAGGGGCUCGAGAAGGUCGAAUCGGCUGGUGGACUCUCCUUGCACAAGACGCCUACGAGGACAGAGAAGCUUCGUCGGCAUUGGAAGCGAUUCUGGCUAUUUUAUUGUAUUGGCAAUGUCAUUUUUCUCGCGAUUUUCCUCCCCGUCUUCUUCUUGGUCGUGAUUCCUGCAAUCGCGCAGUUGGUCGUCAACAAGUCCGAUAUUGUGCUAGUCAAUGCAAUCGUCAAUGACCCACAGCCCAAUUCGACACUAUUGACCCUACAAACCAAGGUCGACUUGAAGCUCGCUCUUCCUGCACGGAUUGAGCCGGUGACAUUCCACCUUUUCCAACGCGACUACGGCGUGGAUGACGCGUAUGCCGAUAUCGACAUCCCCGGGCAAGUGAUUAAAGGCAAUCACUCCCUCGGCAUCGACAAUGUUCGGACCCCGAUCCUCAACCAGACAGCCUGGAAAGAAUUCGUCCGACAGGUCGUUUUCCAGGAGGAAACAUCUCUCGCAAUGCAAGGCGUCACUAAUGCCUACCUCGGCGUGCUCAAGUCUCACGUCCAUCUGAACAAGGAUGUGGUUACACCAGCCUUGAACCAAUUCGAUGGUUUCUCUAUCUCCGACGCAACCCUCAUCCUGCCCCCUGAAGAAGACGGCACGAACCUCAUCGGCAACGCGACCCUUCCGAACCCCACGGUCCUGCACCUACAAGUUGGAACUUUAGUCCUCGACGUGAAGAGCGGUGGUACAACCAUUGGGAACGUGACCCUGAACGACGUCACCCUCGUGCCGGGCAAUAACACGUUCCCACUCACGGGAGUCCUGGACAUCAAGUCCAUCUUCUCCAAUUUCGGCGACAUCUUGAAAGCACAGGCUGGCGCGUUGAAGAACGGGACUUUGGCCAUUGAUUCGGUUACCCGCUCUGUGACGUGGAAUGGAACACUGGUGCCUUACUAUACGGAUAUCUUGAGCACCCUUACGCUCUCCACUACCAUCCCGCUCGGCGACACGAUUAAGAAUACACUGAGACAUCUGCUAGAUGGCAAGAACCUGACAAGUGCACUGUCAGGUCUCAUCGAUGGAGCGAACAGCAGCUCACUGUCAUCGAGAGAUGUGCACGACCGCGGACCUGUGGACUUGGCCCCGUUCCUCAAGGGGAACCGCCAUGUUCAGGAUUUCUUCCGGGGCGUGGAUGAUGAUCAGCGGGAUAGCUUUAUUGAUUCUUUAGCGGCUGCCUAUCCUAACCUUUAA